AUGGGCAUGGGCCUGGGCACGGGCGGCGGAUCGCGCAGCGCGCCCCCGCUGCCGCCCGCUGCGGGAGUGUGCGGCGGCCGGGGGCGCGGCGUUGGCGGCGCGGCAGGCGGCGUGGCGGCUGCGGGCCGGACCGCGCCGGGCGGCGCGGGCCGCCACGGCGAGUGCGAGCCCCUGCUGCCCGGAGGGGCGAUGCCCGGCCUCAAGAUCGUGCCUCUGCAGCAGAUGGGUGAGGGACUUCAAAGAAGGGAUGUGUGUAUUUCUGCUGCCCUGUAG